AUGGAGCCUCCUUCCAAGAAGAUGCGCACCCUGAUGGAUGAUGACAGCUCUAGUGACUCUGGGGACGACGCUGGUGGUGUUCCCGUCGGCAAGUCUGCCGAGUCGAGCUUCAAGAUCAACGAGGACUUUGCUCGGCGAUUCGAGUACAAUAAGAAGAGAGAAGAGGUGGCGAGAUUGGAAGCAAAGUACGGCAAGACCGAUAUGGGAAAAGGCCACGCCAACGAGCCCGAGGAUGACGAGUCUUCCUCUGAUGAAGACGAGGACGAAGAUGGAGAGCUGGCGACUGAAGCCCUCGAUGCAGAGAUCAUGGCCACUCUCAAGGCCAUUCGCUCCAAGGACCCCGCUGUGUACGACAAUAACGUUACUUUCUACACCGAGUUUGACGACGACACCAACGCCGCCCCUAAGGAAAAGCAAGAGAAGGCUAUGACUCUGCGCGACUACCACCGCCAGAAUCUCCUGAGUGGUGUCGAUCCCGCAGAGGAAGAAGACGCCCCCAAAACUUUUGCCCAAGAACAAGCGGACCUGAAGGACGCAGUCGUCAAGGCGAUGCACGGUGCCGACUCCGAUGACGAGAUGGAAGACGCGGAAGAUAACUUCCUCAUCCGCAAGUCUGGACCAGCAGAGGAUUCCGCCCCGAAGGGGGAGGUCAAGCUGGACAUUGAAAAUGCGGACAAGGAUCCCGAAACCUUCCUUUCCAAUUUCAUGUCAUCGCGAGCAUGGAUCCCCGAAGGCCGUGCUGAACUUCACCCCUUCGAUUCGGAUGAUGACGAGGAGGUGGAGCGGGCAGAUGCUUUUGAGGAGGCAUACAACUUCCGCUUCGAAGACCCUAACAAGCUUAAUGAGAAGCUGAUGACCCAUGCCCGUGAUAUGACCAACGACCAAUCCGUGCGCCGAGAGGAGAAGAGUUCGCGCAAGAAGAUCCGUGAUGCCGAGCGCCAGCGCAAAGAGGAGGAGAAGAAGCUGCGCGAAACCGAAAAGAACCGGUUGCGCAAGCUCAAGACGGAGGAGCUCCAGAACAAGGUCAACCAGAUCAAGGAAGUGGCUGGUUUGCGGGCAGCGGAGUUUACAGACGAAGAUUGGUCCCGUUUCCUCGACGACGCUUGGGACGACAAGGAGUGGUCAAAAGAGAUGGCGAAGCGAUUCGGCGAGGACUACUAUGAGGAGGAGGAUACUCAGGGCAAGAAGCAUCCUAAGAAGCCCGAGUGGGACGACGAUAUCGAUAUCAAAGACCUCAUUCCGGACUACGAGGAUGAAGGACCCACCAAGCCAUCAUUCGGCUCCGAUGACGAAGAAGAGGAAGAUGACGAGGCUGCCGGGUCCAAUAAGAAGAGCAAGGCCCAGGAGAAGCGUGACCAGAAACGCGAGGCCCGCAAGGACCGCAUGCGCAUCGAUGAGGCGGUCGAGCGAAACCUCGAUCUUGAUAUCACUCUCCUGCCCGGUGCCACCAAGAAGAACGCGACACGCUUCCGCUACCGUGAGACCUCGCCACAGAGCUUCGGUCUGACGGCACGUGAUAUUCUUAUGGCGGACGACACUCAGCUCAACCAGUUCGCUGGCCUGAAGAAGCUUGCCUCGUUCCGCGAGGCUGAGAAGAAGGAGAAGGACCAGAAGAAGCUGGGCAAGAAGGCCCGACUCCGCCAGUGGCGCAAGGAUACCUUUGGUAAUGAGGAUGGACCUGAGUUCAAGUUCGGUGGGGAUGCGCCUGUUGAGAAGGAGGAUGAGAAUGAAACCAAGCUUGAUAUCCGCGAGGGUGAUGGACAGAGGAAGAAGAGAAAGCGGACCAAGAAGCACUAA